AAUAUGGCACUUUGCGUAGAGGCUAGCACAGCAGAAGCAGACUGGCAGGGUUGUUUACAAUGGCGACGCAAUUAGUUGAGGGAGGAGACUUUGACUUGCUGUCUACUAUAUACGACAUAAUAAAAAGUGUCGAAAAAGAACAGCAAGAUAACGCCCAAAAGCAGAAAGAUAGCCAAGAAGCUGGUCAAAAAGUUCUGGAAUUACAAAGAAAGUUGGAUCACGCAAGAGAAGUGGUUAAAAAGCUUCCCGGAAUUGAACUCAGUAAAGACGAACAACUGCUACAAAUUGAUUUACUUAGAAGACAACUCACACUGAAAAGAGAUCUUCUGAACAAAUACAGAUUGAUUACUUCUUUUGAUCGUGAAGCUCAGUCAGAGUUUCAAAUUCAUCAACAUUAAUUAUGGUUUUCCGUUACUUUUUCAAUUACUUUGCCAACAACCCACAAGUAAUUGAAAAACUCUCCGAUUCCUACCCUGUGCGUCGCGCCGCCCGACUCACUGUUUAUUUGUACCACAAGGGUAAGACUUUGGGAGAAGGCGUUAUUCAAGAAAAACUAAAGGACGGAGCAGGGAGAGUUAGUUCAUUUCAUGGAAGAUUCAAAGAGGAACUCAAGCAAGGAAUGAAAGAAAUUAAAGAUGCUAAAAAAAGGUGACCAAGAUCUUCCAAGAAUUGUGUAUUUCUUUUACUUGUAUUGUCAAUAAAGUAGUGCUGCUGCAUCAA